GAGGGCCGUGCAGCAGCACGACCGCUGCUUACCGACCUCUACCAGGCCACCAUGGCGCUUGGCUAUUGGCGAGCGGGCCGGGCGCAGGAUACCGCCGAGUUCGAACUCUUCUUCCGUCGCUGUCCAUUCGGUGGCUCCUUCGCCUUGGCCGCUGGGCUGCGUGAUUGCUUGCGUUUCCUGCGCGCCUUCCGUCUGCGGGACACAGAUGUGCAGUUUUUGGCCUCAGUGCUACCACCUGACACGGAACCUGCGUUCUUUGCGCACCUGCGGGCCCUGGACUGCUCUGGCGUGACAGUGCGGGCCCUGCGCGAGGGUUCUCCAGUCUUCCCCGGAGUGCCGUUGUUGCAGGUGUCCGGGCCGUUACUGGUGGUGCAGUUGCUGGAGACUCCGCUGCUCUGCCUGGUCAGCUACGCCAGUCUUGUGGCCACCAAUGCUGCAAGGCUUCGUCUGAUAGCGGGUCCGAAGCGGCGGCUGCUGGAGAUGGGUCUGCGACGGGCCCAGGGUCCCGAUGGGGGGCUCACAGCCUCCACCUACAGCUACCUGGGCGGCUUUGACAGCAGCAGCAAUGUGCUAGCUGGCCAGCUGCGAGGUGUGCCUGUGGCCGGAACCCUGGCACACUCCUUCGUCACUUCCUUUUCAGGCACUGAGGUGCCCCCUGACCCGAUGCUGGCCCCAGCCACCGGUGAGGGUCCUCCUUUGGACCUGGCCACCAGAGUGGAGGUGUGGCUGAAGCGAGUGUGUGCCCACCUAGGGCUGGGGGUGCAGGAGCCACACCCAGGGGAGAGGAUGGCCUUUGUGGCCUAUGCCUUGGCCUUCCCCCGGGUCUUCCAGGGCCUGCUGGACUCCUAUUGUGUGCAGAGGAGCGGUCUCCCCAACUUCCUGGCCGUUGCCCUGGCCCUGGGGGAGCUAGGCUACCAGGCAGUGGGUGUGCGGCUGGACAGUGGUGACCUGCUUCAGCAGGCCCGGGAGGUCCGCAGGGUCUUACAGACCACUGCAGCCCAGUUCCAGGUACCCUGGCUGGAGACAGUGUCCAUUGCUGUCAGCAAUAACAUCGAUGAAGAAGAGCUGGCCCGCUUGGCCCAGGAGGGCAGUGAAGUGGACGUCAUUGGCAUUGGCACCAGCCUGGUCACUUGCCCCCAGCAGCCUUCUCUGGGCUGUGUCUACAAGCUGGUGGCCGUGGGGGGCCAGCCCCGGAUGAAGCUGACCGAGGAUGCGGACAAGCAAACGCUGCCAGGGAGCAAGACUGCCUUCCGACUCCUGGCUUCAGACGGGUCUCUGCUGUUGGACCUGCUGCAGCUAGCUGAGGAACCACCACCCCAAGCUGGGCGGGAGCUGAGAGUGUGGCCGAGGGGCGCCAAGGAGUCAAUGACCUUGCGGCCAGCACACGUGGAACCGCUACUGCAACUCUGGGUCCAGCAGGGACAGCUGUGUGAACCCCUCCCAUCUCUGGCUGAGUCUAGAGCCUUUGCCCAGCAGUCCCUGAGCCGUCUUAGCCCUGCUCACAUGUGGCUGAAGAGUCCCGAGAUGUGCCAGGUGGCGCUGUCUGAGCAGCUGCAGGCCCUGGUGGAGAGGUUGAGGGCUCAGGGUCUGCAGAGAGUAUCUCAGGAGCUGGGGAGCUGA